AUGGGCGAUCGCGAAGAAAAGGAACUAGAGGGAAUUCUCAAGCGACUCGACACGGCCAAGGGUGAUCUUACUGUACGUAUCCUUGUUGCACACGUGGGCGUAGUCGGAAACUUCCAUGAUGGGUUUCGAGUUGCAUACGACGUCCUUGCGGAGACAAACUUGAACGUACAGCGUGUCUUGGGUGUGAACAUGGCCCUUUUGGAACUGGUCGAGAAUCGCGAUCGCAAAUUGGAUGGAACAAUCCCCGUUGUCGCCGCUGAGCUCGAGGCUCUCGAAGCACCCCGUUUCGAUGCAUCUUCUGAAGUGGUGCAAAACUCGAUUUAUAGCAAUAAAGGCGUCGGAUUUGUUAUGACAGGUAAUGUUGGUGUGGAAACCAACUAUCAAGCUGCACCGCGGACAAAUGCAAUCACCAACAAUGACUUUGGCAAAGAUGGGAAGGUUAUGACAGGGGACAUGGGCGGUGCUGCUGCUGAAUCUUUCAACCAGAACUUUUGGAAAUGA